GUUAAGGCAGGAGAUGCACUCGUGGGGAAACCGGCAUUCAUGCUCCAUCAUUUUUUACAGCGGAUCAAGACCGAAAGAACAUUCAACCUGCUCCCCCAGAGAGAAGAGAGGGAUCUAAAGAAAUCUCACUUUUUAUUCCUGCAAAAAGCGUUUCGCAUAAAACAUUUUUUUCCUACCUCUGUCAGAUGUGCGUCAACUUCUUUCAUUGCGCGGGAGCGUGGAUUUGGGGACGCGCGCGCACCUGCUUUAACCUGAUGUGAGAAAACAAUUUAUCGACAUACUUUAGACCUCUAACGAACAGGAUCGCUUUCCUUGGCGGACAGCUGGUCGGAGGAUUUCCAAGUGUUGUUUCCGCUGUGUUUCGGAUACCCGAAGUGUAACUCAUGUCAGGACACAACGGGGACUUGCGAGGAGGAAGCAUGUAUGGCUGAAGGAUGUGGGCUCGGAGUGUUGGUCCUAGACCGCCUGACCUGAUGCUCUUAUGGGAGGGGAUGGUGAUCUGUCUCCGCUGGGCUUGUGUGCUCGUCUCUCUGACUGUGUAUGUGGGCUCCGCGGAACCGCUCGGUUGGCUGCUGUCCGAUAAAGGUCCUUUCCAUCGCUCUCAGGAAUUCAUUGAGUUCACCGAGCGAUACCAACACGGCUUUACCACCAGAUACAAAAUAUACAGGGAGUUCGGCCGAUGGAAGGUCAACAGCCUUGCUGCGGAGAGACAAGAAGGCAAUGGGGUGGCCGUGCCCUUUGACCCCGACUUUAUCCAUAACAUCAGGCUUCUGGGGAGAAGGCCAAGCCUGCAGAAAAUUACCGACACCAUCAUUAAGAAAUACGGAACUCAUUUCCUGCUCUCUGCCACUCUGGGAGGCGAGGAGUCCUUGACCAUUUUCGUGGACAAAAGCAAACUCAGCAGAGGUCAGCAGAAUGGCGGCACUUCCAACGCUACAGCCGGUUCGCUGACACUCGAAGCCCUCCACCAACUGGCAGCAUCUUAUUUCAUUGACAGAGACAGCACACUGCGGAAGCUCCAUCACCUCCAGAUCGCCUCCACCGCCAUUAAGGUAACAGAGACCAGGACCGGCCCUUUGGGCUGCAGUAACUAUGACAACCUCGACUCUGUCAGCUCCGUUCUGGUUCACAGCCAGGAGAACAAAGUUCAGUUGCAAGGACUUCAGGCUAUUCUGCCGAGUUAUUUAAGGAGCAACUUUGUUCAGGCUGCCUUAGGCUACAUAGGCUGCAAUGCUGAAGGCCAAUUUGUGUGCAAAGACAAUGACUGCUGGUGCCAGUGCAGCAAGGAGUUUCCCCAGUGUAACUGCCCUGAGGCUGAUAUCCGUUCCCAGGAAAACUACCUGGAGCGCAUGAGGGAGGCCUGGAGGCAGGAGAACCAGGAAUUUCAAGACUCAGAUGAGUUCCAGAGCUUCAUGGGUAAAUUACCAACACAAAGCGCUCUGAAUUCAUCAAGAAUCCAGCAGUUGUGGAAGACAGACAGCGCUCUACAGCAACGCUACAGGCAACUAGAAAGUCGCGUUAGCCUCCUGCUCUCCAAGACCCGUCGAACUGCUAACAAGCUCUUCAGCCUCAGCAAGAGAUGCCGCACACAACCCAAAAUAGCGUCUCUAAGGGAGAGGCCUUUGAGCUACUGGCUACAGUUCACCCUGUCCAUCCUGUACUGCAGUGAGAAUAACCAACUGGGAUUUUACGCAGAGGAAUUACGGAUUUGCGCCUGUCCGUAUGAGAGCCCCUCGUGCCAGGGCAUCGUCCCGUGCGAGGUGGGCGACGGCCACCGCUGCGCUUCCUGCUCGGUGGACAACCGCACUCGAUGCUCCAGCUGCAACCCGGGUUACGUUCUCAGUCAUGGAGUUUGUAAAUACGCCGUACCCAACCCUACAGACCACUACCUGGGCUUUGAGACCGACCUACAAGAUCUGGAGCUACGCUACCUGUUACAGCACCGAGACGGUCGCAUCACCACGCAUGCAAUCUUCGUCAGCAAUGAUGUUCGCCUCAACGUCUGGUUCGACCCGUCUUGGCGAAAGAGGAUGCUGCUUACGCUGAAGAGCAACAAGUUCAAAUCCAACCGUGUUCAUAUGCUCCUGGGCAUCUCGCUGCAGAUCUGCAUGACCAAGAACUCCACCAUAGAGCCUACGAUGUCCGUCUACGUCAACCCUUUUGGUGGUAGCCAUUCAGAAAGCUGGACCAUGCCCAUCAAUCAAAAUGGCUACCCGGACUGGGAGAAAACGAAGCUGGACAUUCCGUUGGAUUGCUUCAACUGGACCUUGACUUUGGGAAACCGGUGGAAGAGCUUUUUUGAGACCGUUCACUUCUACCUGAGGAGCCGGAUUCGGACCGAGUCCUCUCAGGGGAAUGAUACGGUCUACUUCGAGCCUCUAGAGGCUACGGAUGCCUCUCAGAACUUUGGAUACAUGAAGAUCAACAGCAUGCAGCUGUUCGGUUACAGCAUGCACUUCGACCCCGAGGCCAUCCAGGAUCUGAUCCUACAGUUGGACUAUCCGUACACUCAGGGAUCUCAGGACUCUGCUCUGCUGCAGCUGAUGGAGAUCCGAUAUCGGGUCAAUAGACUGUCGCCUCCUGGACCACUGCCAUUAGAUCUGUUCUCCUGCCUACUUCGACAUAGGCUCAAACUCUCCAGCUCUGAGGUACAGAGAAUACUCACCACACUGCAGACUUUUAGUGCCAAACAGCCCUUCUACAAAGAGUACGAAGCUGCGAAACUUUGUAGUUAGAAAGCAAACUAAUUUAUUUUUGCCAUUGAUGUUUUGCUUUACUCGUUGAGAAGCUAAUUUAACUGAAAAUUCUUUUAUGAGGGGGGUCACUGUUGUUGCUGUUUGAUAUAAAGUCAUUAUUGUUACAUAUUUGAUGUCUUUGGUUCAAAUGGUAGUUCAGAUGAAACAAAGUUUUGCACAAUUUUAUCAAUUCUGCCAUGUUUGAAAUUAAAUAAAAAUAGGCAAAAAGACCUAAUUUAAAAACACCAAACUUUUUGUUAUGUUUUUGUAACAGGCUGAUUGCAGUUGGCUGGAUCUCAAACAUGCAAUGUAACAUUUUAAGAAUGUAUUUAACAAAAAGCAGAAAACUGUCUAUUUCCAUCAUUAUUUAGAAAUCCAAUGUAACUCCUUAAGACUACCUAGGCUCAUUGGAAAUAUGUGCCCUUAUAUACAUUUCUGCAAAACUGAAAAAACAUUCCUAUAUGUAAGGAGCACUGCAAGUUUCUAUUUGAAAUGAACAUUAGCGGCAGUAAAACUCUUUAAACUGACAACUUUAAAGGGGUCCUAUUAUGCUCUUUUACAAAGUCUUGAUUUUGUUUUGGGGUUGUACUAGAACAUGCUCUCAUAUGUUCUCAUAUUGGUGGUUCGAAAAACGUUUACAUUAUUACAAUACCUUUCUUCCCAGCCUGGCACAAAUGGCUCAUUAGUUCCGAGUUUAAUGAAGGCCUGCCUUCCGAAAAAAGGAAAUGUGUUAAUAUUGGUUAGCUGUCCUACUGCGUUGUGAUUGGCGAACAGUUUAGAUAGUGUUUUAGUACCGCCAUGCCCCUUGUCAAAGCAGUUAGCGCAAGCUAGAUUAAAGUGAUUCUUACGUUUUAAAUAUGGAUAUGUACAAAUACGCAACAUUUUACUACAGGAGACCCCCCAGAGCCAUGUGAGGCACUUUUUAUUAUGGAUGGAUGCACUUUAUUAGACUUGUUUUGGACUGAUGAAUAGAAACACCCGUCUAUGCCAUUCUAAAGCUUGGAGUGCCAGUAUCAUUUUUAAUAUAACUCAGAUUGCAUUCGUCUAAAAGAAGGAAGUCAUAUACAUCCAGCCUGUAGCCUCAACACUACAGUAGUGUUGAGUCCUAUCCUCAGUCUAGUGAGAUCGCCGAUACAUGAUAUUAUCAUGCUCAUUUAUUUAAUUAUUUUACAUAAUUAUUUUCAUUGCCUGAACCAGCUCCAUCAUAAGGCUAAAAGCAUCCUAACAUUAACAUUAUUACAGAACAUCAUCACUAAUUAGCCUAGCCUAGUCUAGUACAAGUUUAUGCAUUUUAAAAACACUUGCGUUAUAAGUGAUGCUAUUUACACUGUAUGAUGAAUAAAUCUCUUACCACACACUGCA